GAACUCAACGAGUACACUCCAGGAAGAGACGACUUUGUCAAGAGCAAGACAUGCGUGAAAAUAAUGGACCACCAGACGCCGACAGCGUUGGCGGCUGCCAGCGGGGAGGCGCUGAUCAUCGACUCGAUUGCCGUCGACGCCCGGUUUCCGCUGGGAUUCGGCCUGGGCGUGUCAGAGAAGGACCGGUCGGCUCUCGUGGUGCCUUUGCCCGGACUAGCGGUGCUGGAGCUCCGGCGCGGUCUUCAGCACGAGCCGUUCGAGGUACACCACCUGGAGACGGUCAACGCCAUUCUCGCUUGGUUUAACAUCGCCAUCUCCAAAAUACAGCUCAGCGAGGUACUGCAGCACCAGGAGGAGCUGAACGGCUUCCUGCUGGAGGUGGCGCAGUCCCUGUUUGAGGACGUGUUCGCGCAGGAGACGCUCAUCUCCAAGAUCAUGGUGUACGCCAAGUCGCUGGUCGCUGCCGAGCGGGUCACCUUUUUCUCGCUGGAGGAGGAAAAGAACGAACUGGUGGCGUCUCUGUUCGACGAUGGUCAGGUGAUAAACGGCUCACCCGUGCUCUCCAAGCGGAGCGAGAUCAGCUUUCCCCUGGGCCGCGGCAUCGCCGGCUGCUGCGCGCGCCUCGGCGAGCUGGUAAACGUGGCGGACGCGUACGCCGACCCGCGCUUCAACCCGGACGUGGACCGCAGGACGGGCUACAAGUCGCGCGGUCUGCUCGCCUACCCGGUCAAGGCCAAGGGUCGGCUGCUGGGCGUGCUGCAGGUCGUCAAUAAGAUAGGAGGCGAGCUGUUCACGGCCUCGGACGAGGCGGCCAUCCGAAUGUUCGGCGUGUACUGUUCGCUGGCGCUCUACUACGGCAUCAUGCACGACAGAAGCCAGAAGAAGGAGCACCAGCUGAGCGAGUGCAUGGACAUGCUGGAGUACCACUCGACGGCCAGUCCCGACGAGCUGCGGCUCUACUUCGAGCAGCCGCUGCCGGCCGUCGUGCCGCCCGCCUUCGGCACGUUCGGGUGGGCACCGGGCCGCGAGCACAACCUGAACCGCCUAUACCUGCACAUGUUCUUCGACCUGGUGGGCGACACGCGCCUGCCGCCCGAGCGCAUCGUGACCUUCACCACCACCGUCAUCAAGUCCUACCGGCGCGUCCCCUAUCACAACGCCACCCACGCCUUCAUGGUGGCGCACACGAUGUACAACAUCCUCAAGCGCAACGCCAGCGUCUUCAGUCGUCUCGAGAUCCUGGCACUUCUGGUGGCGUGCGUGUGCCACGACGCCGACCACCGCGGCUACAGCAACACAUUUGCCAAGGCGUACACCGGCCUAGGCGGGCUCUACAAGUCGUCCGUCAUGGAGAAUCACCACUUCGCGACCACGGCCAGCAUCCUGCAACGGCCGAACCAUGACAUCCUGUCCCAGCUGAGCGGCUCGGAACGGAAGGAGGUGCUGGAUAUCAUGUUUGAGGCCAUCAUCGCCACGGACCUGGCUGUCUACUUCCAGAUCAGGCCUAAACUGGAAGCCGUGCUAAGCGCCGGCGAAUUCAACAUCAACCAGCAGGAGCACAGGGCGAGCCACGCUGCGCGCCAUGUAUCGGCGUACUCCGGCCCCGAUGACAGCGGCGGCCACGGUCCUGAGGCUUCCGAGACCCUGUAA